AUAGGCAUUGGCACCUUCAUCCGCUCAUGCUUGGGCGCCGGUUUGGUGUCUACAAUGAUGAAGAUAGCUCGACGAGAAUGGCCCGGGAGAAACGUUCCUAGGGCAAGGGUCAUAUCCCAGUAUAGGGCUCUUCAGCUCCUUUGCAUCCUGGUGCAGCUUGGAGAUGAGUCGGAAUGUCAGACUAUGCUCGACGAUUUGUUGAAGCAGGACGUACUGAAUAUAUGUCUGCAAUGCAUGCAGCAUCAACUGUGCGUGAUGCGUCUACUUAGCAUCAGCGCACUGCGGUCGCUUUGCCAAGUAUAUUUGGGGGAAAAGGUCCCUUCUUCUUUGGCUGCCGCGAUCAUUGAGGGUGUUUGUCUGUACACCCUCCAAGGACCGGACCAUGUCGUCAAUCAGCUUCUAAACCCCGUCACUGCGUGGCAGAGCACAAUGUUCUCGGAGAUGAUCGAAAGGACGCAAGUCACGAGAGAAUCCGCGCCCAUCUUCUAUGCCGUGGUACAAGAUACUGCUGUACAAGUCGCCCAUGAGCUCCUUUUUACCUCUCUGUCUCCGAAAACAACGAUGUUCUGCUAUGAGAUUCUGAAGGAGAGACCCCAAGUGCUCGACCUCCUUCUCAACUGCGCAAUAUUGGAUCGGCCAUCGUGCUUUCCUGAAUCUAAUGUAGCGUCUACCGCUUCCAAGACGCUGGUUUUGCUGCUGCAAUGGCCAAGUCAUAUUGUCCCAGGAGUUGCUUUAUCGGUGAACGAAGCAUUCAAGGAAAGUGAAUGUGAUGUAGUGUUCAAGGCUAUCGGGAUUUUUACAUCACGCCCAAACUGGGCUGAGAUGCUUAUUGAAGUGUGGAUGAACGUACAAGAAGAAGACGUCGAUGCAAUGGAAAGGUUGGUUUUUAGACCUUGUAGAGGAGUGACUAUUGAGUUGACCAUCGCUAGGCGAUUUUCCAUCGAAGGCACGGAGAAGGGGAUGAUGGCCAACUUUCUUCGAAACCGGGGCAUUCGUCGUGCAUCCAUCCUUCGCUUGAUAGCCACCAUCACUCAUGCGGCAACUUCGUGCGGUACAAAUGCUCAGAUCGAAUCAGUGCUGCACAUAGCAUACCUGGGAUGUUGCAAAGGCGGAAAGUACUUAGAGGAUUGCACCACCGACGAAGAAGUCAUGCGCUCCUUCGAGUACGAGUACGAGGUGUUCAGAUCCUACCUCCUGGAGAAUGCAAAGCCGAGCAAGCCUGUCGUGUCUACCGAAACCCCGUUUGUGAUCGCAUCUCAACGCGUCCUUGGUCCGACCGCACUCGUCCGCCUGCUCGCUGUUCUCGCACAGCGAAAAACCCUUAGCCCAAUACAAACGCUUAGCAAGCUACCGAACGGGCUUUCGUCGUCAACUUCACUCCAGCAUAUCCAGCAAAUUACACAUCCAGAGGUCAUACGUCGCAUCAUCAGGCUCUCUCAAAUGCGCAUAGUCGAGCGUAUGGACAGAGGUCGUACGCGCGCAAGGGCUAAAGGUGACCCGGACGAAACAAACUUCGCGUGCUCGACCUUCAUGAGCGUCGCCGAGCUCGCCGCGGCGUUGGUUGCGCUAGAUGAGUACACGCACGGCGUUUACUCAGCUGAGAUACGCGGGGCACGCAAGCAACUUGUGAUCGCUCUAGGCAACGCAUCACAGAUGGCCUAUAGCCUGGGGCAUUUCAAACGAGCACUGCACCUCGCGUCGGGUGCAACUGCCGCCGCCGAGAAUAUUGCAGUCGAAGAAGGGUUGACUCCAGCCAUAAUUGAGAAGAAUGAGGGUAGGGUCGCCCAAGCCAACGCCGCUUUACGGAUACACCAGUAG